AUGUUUUUAUCUGAAGAUUUAGACCCAGAAGAAUUAAAAAAUGAAGCAAAUUUAAAAUGGAAAAAUGGUGAAAUAGAAGAUGCUAAUAAUUUAUGGAGACAAGCAUUAAAAGAAUGCAUAAAAUAUUCAAUGAGAGGAUACCCAACUACAAAAAAUAGAGAUAUGCAAAUAAGUUUGCGAUUAAAUCUAUCUUUGUAUCAUUUUAAAAAAAAUGAGUUAUCUGAGUGUAUUAAUCAAUGUAAUAUAAUUUUAGAAAAUUUAAUGAAUCUGAAUGAUGUCUUAAAUUAUUAUGAAAAUAACAAAAAUAUAGAGAAGGAAAUAAAUGAAAUAAAUAAAAUAAAUGAAGAAAAAAAAGAUGAUACAAUCAGUGAAAAUAAAUUUAUAAAAAAGGAUACUCUCAUAAAAAUAUUUCUUAGAAGAGCUAAUUCAUUUUUAUGUUUACAAGACUUUGAUAAAUGUAGAGAAAAUAUAGAGUUAAUUAAAAGAUUGGAUAAUAAAAAUGUAGAGAUGAUAGCAUUAGAAAAGAAAAUGAAAAUUGAAGAAGUAGAUUAUAAUAAAAAACAAAAAGAAUUAUACAAAAAAAUGUGUAAUACAAUUAAAAAAAAAGAAAAAGAAUAA